CGUCACCCUCGCACUACACUACAUGGAAACCGAAUCUCAGGUUCUGAGGUUGCGACUCUUCAACUCAUAACUGCAAUUCAGUUGUUGUACGCAAUCGCGUCGCCCAUUUUCUUUCUUAAGCAAUUACACCACCACCCUCUGAACCUGUCGUGUGUUCCGCACUGUCGCGAGAAUGGCUCCCAUAUCCGCCGCUGACAUUCCCACCCUCAGCUUGCUAUACAAGCUCAAGAAGCUCAACGCGUCGCGCCUAGCGCCCGUCCAAGGGGCCACGCCCACCCACAACGACCGAAUCGGCCUCAUCCGUGGCGACAUCACAUCCCUCCAAGUAGGCGCCAUCGUCAAUGCUGCCAACAACAGCCUGCUGGGAGGAGGGGGCGUGGACGGCGCCAUCCACCGUGCCGCUGGCCCCAGCCUGCUAGCCGAGUGUCGCACCCUCAAUGGCUGUCAAACGGGCUCGUCUAAAAUCACUAGCGCUUACAGUUUGCCUUGCAAGAAGGUCAUCCAUACCGUUGGCCCCAUUUACGACGACAUCCGCCCCGACAACAGCGAACGCGCCCUGAAGGGGUGCUACACUUCGAGCUUGAACUUAGCUGUGAAGAAUGGCCUCAAGACCAUUGCUUUCAGUGGAAUCAGCACUGGCAUCUAUGGCUAUCCCAGCUUGGACGCCGCGAUGGUAGCUUGCGAGACAGUCAAGAAUUUCUUGGAUAGAGACAAGACUAUCGACAAGGUUGUCUUUGUGACGUUUGAGGAGAAGGAUGUUCGAGCCUAUAAUCAAGUCUUGCCUCGCUUCUUCCCGCCCAAUACAAAAACUUCGACCGAGCAAGAGAAAGCAGCAGAGGAGCAGAAGGCUGAAGCAGAGGCCAAAGUCGGCCAACUUCCCGACGUACCGACGACGGAUCCUGCGGAUGCCGACUACGCCCAAAAGAAGCAAAAGCAUGAAAAUAACAAAUGAUGGAUAACCUCUUGAUCGAGGACUUAUGAAGACAUGAAAACAUGAUAACACGAGGAAUGGCAAUGAACGACACACCGUUCCCACGGAUCUUGGAGUUCUGGUAAAGGAUACACCCACUAGGCUAUCAGGGAAAAGAAGGGAGAUAGUAAACUAAUGAGAUACUUUUGAUACUGGGGAUGCAACUGGUUUUGCCUUGCGAAAGGUCAUUAAUAUUUUCGUACUACUAAUGAACAGGUACAGUGGGUACAGGUGGCAAAGGGGGCUUGAUUUCCUUGAGCGCUCUCAACGAGGCCAAAGCUUCUACCCUCUUCCGAGAAUUCAAUUGAGCUAGUUUGAAUGAGUACGCGGAGAUCGGGCAUUGAAAUACAUAUGCAUU